AAAUUGAAAAGAGUUAUUAUUUUGGUGUCAGUGAUUUUUUAAGGAGGAUAGAGUGAAUUAUACUCUGAAUAGAGUCGAAUCCCACAUAUUCAACUCUCUGUUGACAUAUAGUUAGUGUAAAAACAAAGUGUCAUGACGAAGUGCUUUUAAAUUGACACUUAAAGUGUCAUACCUGAUUUGACAACUCUGUAACUCUGAACCUGGCCGUGACACUCAACGUGCACAUCAUCACCCCCGCCUUCAUUUCCUCACAUGCACCCACCCAUGGACCACCGGCACCGAUAGAAGAGUUCUCCUGCUGUCCACACUCGGUCUUCAACAGAUGUGUGUUGUUCGAAAAUGCUGGCCAGGGUAGAAUAUAGAGGAGUCCAAAAAUACAUAAAAGUUCCACAAAAUGAUGAAAACUUUGAUUUUCUCCAGUUUCUUCAAGCAGUAACAGACAAAUUUAGCCUGCAGGCUGAAUCUCUGAAUGAAGGUCUCCUCAGCUUGACUGAUACAUCAGGUACUGAGGUCGACGCAGACAUAUUUGAUGAGCUGAUAAAGUCAGGGAUCCAGAACUUCAAGAUUGGAUAUUGUCAGUAUCCAGUAUCAGAUCUCGAAGUAUGUCUUGUGGCAGACGAGACACAGUCCUCAGUAUUACCAGGCCCAUCAGUGUCACCAGUGUCAUUGCCAGCAUCCCCUGUGUCAACGUCAGACCGAUCAGCAUCACCAGCUUCUUCUGCUUCAACAGCUUCUACUGUCAUUCUCUCAUCCACUAAGAACAGGAAGAGGGGCCUUGGUGACCUGAACCGUGAUGAAGCAAGACAGGAGAAUUCCACCCACAAGUGUGCGGACCACCUAUGCACUAGGAAUUGUGACCCUUUUUCCAUAUCUGCAAGAUCCAUAUUCAAAAAAUGGAUAUGAACAUUACUAUGAUCCAGACGCCAAUACUGGCUACCUUGCUUGGAGACUCAAGACAGUCCAACGCAACAGCUUUGAUGGCUCCCACAGACGUUCCAGGCCUGAUUUGCAGGACAGCCCAACAACCUAUCGAGAAUCCCUGUUAACCAGUCAGCAGCUCUUCGGUGAGGAGUGUCGGGAGGCGCUUUCUGUCAUCAGAUACUCUACAGAUCAUUCCGUGGUAAAAGAGAGAAUGAGAGCCACCUUUGAGUAUAGACAGAAGCUAGUUCAUGACCAGGAUGCAACAUCUACAGUCUUGGAUGUCUUCCCUCGUUUCCUUGAUGUUCCUGGAUUGAUUGACCAAGAUUUUUCCAUGAUGUUUGGGGAUGAAGUAUCUGGGAAAUUUCUGGCAAAGUGGCCCUCAUUUUUCAUGCAGAAAGUCAUCACAGAAUGCCAGAGUCUUCCCUCAAAUAUGCAUGUUGAGGAUCUUCUUGCAGCUUUUGACUCUGAUGCCGAGAAUGACUUUGGCUGGGAUAGCCAUAUGUCAGCUCUCCUCCUGCUGUUGCAUCUCCUGCCCCCUACAUCAAGAGGCCAUAAGAAAACAGCUAAGAUCAGCUCAGCACAGGCAGCCAACCAUCUUGUAAGAUUUCUUAAAGAGGGUGCAAGCCUCACCACAUUCCUGGAGAAAGUUGAUGGAAGACAGCCCUUCCUCCUCUGCAUCGGUGAGAAAAAGAAGAGAAUCCAGAGGUUCUUCAUUGUCGUGGACCAGAAACCCAUCCCAAGCAAUGCUCAGACAACGGUAGCUGCUUUCGAUGAGCUGUUUAAAGCUCACUACGUCUUCAGCCUCUCUUACGAUGAAGUGCUUACCAGCUUCUACACCUUCAUCCAGACAGCGGUGUACAAUAUUGAUAUCGGAAAAGCAAAGGAAAGCCCGCGAGUCAAGGAACUGAGAGCUCGACUACUGCAAGAGCGUUAAAAGGCCACCAGCUCUCAAAGGUCAGAGUACAAUUCUCUGAAAAUGUUCACAUGUUUUGUUUGCAAAAUGCACCACAAAGACUGUUCAGUUCUAUGUAAGCAUUUAAAGUUUCAACAUGGUUUGUAUCCAGCUAAGAACUUACGUUUGAAAUGCGGAGAGCGAGGGUGUGCUUCAUCUUUUUGUACGUACAAUGGCUUAAGAAAGCACCUAAACACUGUGCAUAAGCUUUGCUAUGAUGAACAGGUCUGUACUAACCAGGAAGUGGCAUCACAAAUACAUUCUGAGGUGGAAUUUUCAAGUGAUCAGCCAACUACCUCUGCAUCCAUGUUGCCAGUCCUUCCUGUUAUCACACAGAAACCACUUACUAAAAUGUGCGGUUCACUUGUUGCACACUUACAAGCCAGUG